AAAAAAAGUUUAUAUACAAGCACACCAUUAAAUUUUUGCCGUUUCCCCUCUCGGAAAUUCCACGCCUACGGCCAGAAAGGGAUAGCAACAUCAGCGGUUACAGUGACCCAUCCCUUUCCCGUACCCGUUUCCAUGCGCGAGAGCGAACGGGAUACCAUCAGCGCCCACCCAGCGCCCAUCAACAACAACAACAAUACUAACAACACCAAAAACACCAAUAACAACAAAGAUGAUGGAGAAGCCAGCAAACCGGCAGAUAGCGUACCUCUACCGCCCCCCCUAAAAGCGAUCAAACACCGUCGCUCAAAGAAAUCAUCGCCUGACGAAGCGCCAUCCGAACCCCCAACUGAUGACGCCAUACAGGCGCCGUCCAUCCCACCACCGCCCCCGCGUAUCGGCAGCAGUCAAGCGGGUAGCAGCGUACUGAUAAUGACGCCCGAGGAAAUCAUCGAGGCCUAUGAGCGCGCCCUGAAGGAGGCCGAAGGGCACGAUGAAGAGGACGGAGAGAAUACGAACAAGUCGAAGCGCUGGCUGAGCAAACCGAUCACUGUGAAAUCGACACUGAGAGCCAUACGCGACGGCCUGUUGUUCGUGGUCGGCGGUUUCCUGCGAUUCGUUCGACGACUAGACAUGCACGGCGGCGGUACGGGCAACAACAUUAAUUUCGUCGAGGGGCUGAUCGACUUCUUGGCGGGAUCCCUGGGCGGAGCGGCCCAGGUGUACGUAUCCCAGCCUCUCGACACCGUUAAGGUUAAGCUACAGACCUUUCCAGAGGCAUAUCGCGGCAUGUUAGAUUGCUUUCUGAGCACCUAUCGUAAGGAUGGCUUCUUUCGUGGCUUAUACGCCGGAUCCGUUCCAGCCGUAUUUGCCAAUGUGGCGGAAAACUCUGUUCUCUUUGCCGCCUAUGGUGGCUGUCAGAAAUUCGUCACCUUUGUCGUCGGCAAGGAGACAUCAACGGAAUUGACCACUGUGGAGAAUGCCUGUGCCGGUUCCCUAGCCGCCUGUUUUUCCACCCUGACCCUCUGCCCCACUGAGCUGAUCAAGUGUAAGCUGCAGGCACUCCGUGAGAUGAAACAACUCAUAGAACCAGCUCAUCCGGAUGAUAUGCGAACUCCGUGGACACUGACGCGUUAUAUUUGGCGUACUGAGGGCAUUCGAGGCUUCUAUCGUGGCUUGAGCUCAACGUUCAUGCGGGAGAUGCCCGGCUACUUCUUUUUCUUUGGCAGCUACGAAGGCACUCGAGAAUUACUGCGACGCGAUGACCAAACUAAAGAUGAAAUUGGAGCAGUACGUACAAUGAUAGCUGGCGCUAUUGGUGGCGUCUGUCUGUGGACAUCGACAUUUCCCGCUGAUGUGAUCAAGAGCCGCAUCCAGGUAAAGAACCUCAACGAGAGCAUGUUCAGCGUGGGAGCCGACAUAGUACGGCGCGAGGGAGUUUUGGCUUUAUACCGUGGCCUUCUACCAUCUGUCCUGCGCACCAUUCCAGCAACGGCCACUCUGUUUGUGGUUUACGAAUACACCAAGCAAGCAUUGCACUCCACCCUCUGACGGACUUAUCCGGCGUAAUAGAUGGCACUUUGCUAGUAGUUGUGGGCUUAUGACGCGUGGCCGCGGGCGGUCAUAAUUAAAUAUUCGAUAAUUCAUUUUUUUUCUAGAUAAUUAAUAGAACGUAGUGUUGUGCCUGUACAAUGUUCAGAUAAUGCUAAUGACUGACUUAAAUUCAACAUCUUGCCGUUUUUUUCAUUCCAUUUCGGCUAGCUGUUUGUCCUUGUCUCAUGCUCUUCUUAUUCCUGUUAAGUUUUCUGUUGGCAGCUGUCCUUGCUGUUCCUAAAUCUUGGCCACUUGGCUAAGACGCCGUCUGAUAAAGUCCUGGCGGUCGGCAGAUGUUUCCAGUUCACGCCAUUCGUACCAAUAGAUCUGAAAAAAAAUAUGGAUUAUUAUAAAUAAUGUUAAGUAACUAAUAAUCCUAAAAGAUACUUAUAGAUGUCUGCCAAUAAAUACGCUUUCAGUUCAAAAACAAAA